AUGAAAUCUCUUGUGAAAGUUUAUAAUGAGGACCCGACAGAAAUAACAUUUAUUUAUGAUUGGCCAGUGCAGAUUUUUCAUCCAGUUAAUGGCUUCAAUGUUUUUGGUGAUACUGAAACGUUCUGCACCAAUUAUCGCACUGCUAAUCAUGAGUGGAUGGUACAUUUGUACAGAACCAACUUUGGUAUACCAUCGAGACCUAGGAUACACUUAUAUUUGGAGCAAAGUAGGGUGGUAACAACACAUCCGUCUCCUAAGGAAUGCAAGUUUUCGUUUAGACUCCUGGAGGAUGCUAAUUACCACGGAACUGUAAUUGCUAUACGUUCUGUGACAACAUUUUCAUCAAUGGAUAGCUUUCGAGUGCCUAGAGAUUCACAGUUUGUCGAUUUGUUGACACAGUGUUUUACGAAUCAAUCUAAUAGCGGGAAAACAAUUUUAAUUACAGUUGAUCUUCUCUUCAGUACAGAGUCUUUUAAUUUGGGCUUUAGUAAUUGGAUGAAUAUGGUUCCAGCACCACCUGCCGACACUACCAACGAUUUUCGCUUCAAAGUUCUCAACGAUGAGAGCGCCGAUUUUACCAUACAUUGUCGGGAUGGUGAUCUCAAAAUAUCGAAAAGUGCAUUAUUCCUAAGCUCUGAUUACUUUCGCUUUCUGUUCACUGCAAAUGAUGAAGGAUUAAUGGCCAAAGAACAGUCAGUACCCGAUUACAAUCUGGAAUCUGUUCGCAAGGUGUUGGUAUUUAUGAUUACGGGCACAUUUGAAAUGCCAGACAAUUUGACACCGGAAUUGGCUAGAGAGCUAAUUGACAUAGCAAUGCAUUUCAAACCCUUGAAUCGUGAUGCCCUAAGAAAUACUAUUCAUCGUGCCCUUUGUAAACUAUUAUUGAAAAAUUCUUUAAUCUUGGAUAAGACUGUUCAUUUCCUGGUAUUUGCACACGAAAUGAAUUUGUCGGAAUUGAAGAUAAUGUGUAUGUCAAUUAUCGUUUAUGAACAUUAUAAGCGGUUCAAGCAGGAAUAUAAUGAAGAAUCACCAAAUGCAAAUUAUCGAGCUAUGCAUGAACGUUUGCGUCGUAGUGGUUUGCUUUUAACCGUUUCCCCUUUAUCACGAAUUGAUUCAAUUCGACUACAGUCCCUCAAAUGUCGACGAAUUUUUCGGUAUGGAGCGAAAUCAAACCAAAAUUCAUUUCAAGUGUUUGAAAAUUCAAGUGAUACAAUAUGGAAUGAUAUGGAUUAA